GUCGGGACGUCUCCGUCCUGCCCCUCGUGCCUGCGGCUCAUUCCUCUGGUUCCCAGCAGGCCCGGCCACCGUGGCCUUUGGCAGCUUUGGGAAGGUACCCGGAAGGAGGUGGAGGAAAGUGACUUUGUCCUGGCCAAGACCCAGAGCAGCUGCCAGGGCUUAUCAGGAGGAAAUUGCACCUCCUGGUUGAGCCCUGUCAUUGUGUGACCUCAAAACACCAACGCUGGGCCUUUGUGAGGCCAUGGGGCUCCCCAGCGAUGGGCCGGCCUUCCCAGGCCGUGGCCCCAGCACCAGCAGCCCCUACCCCUCGGGGCCUGGCCGACCCCUCUGUCCUCCCUGCAGGCUGAGCUGGGAUGUCUCGGGCGCCAAACUGCCUUGCUCUGGGCUGAGACACCACUUACUUGGUGCCAAAACUGCUUUUAGAAUAGGGGUGAGCGGGACGGGGAAGGCUCCUCCUGCCAGUAAAGUUCACGGAGUUACAGGCUUGGACUUUGUGACAUCUGAUUACUCCUGCCGCUUAGACCUGCCGCGCAGGCUUCCUGCUUCCUCAUCGCCGAGGCGAGAGAGGCGUCUCCGUAGCUCAGCCCUGGCCUUGGAGGCUCCCGGGGGUCAGGAACGCCGUGCUCACCCCGCUCAGGCUGAACACUCACCAGCCCCUCCUGGAGGGCCGAGGGACCCCGGAAGGCCCGAGAUCCGCAGGCAGAGGGAGAAUGACCUCAGCGGACCUCACCAGAGGGCGCUCCCUCCUGCCGAAUCAGGCCCCGGAAGAAGACUGAGCAGCCUUGAGAUGGACUGGGGUCAGUGCCAGGCCCCCCACUCCCUGUCCAGGACCUGCCAAGCUGGGGGAGGGGAAGCUCUACCUUCAAAUGGAGCUUUGCACGCGUCACGGGUCGGACGUCAGAGCCCCGGAGAGGGGACUUCCGUGUGGAGAACAGCAGGAGCAGGAGCCCCUCUUUCUCAUCAGCACCUUUUGUGGCCGUGGGGAGUCAUGGGUGCUGGCCAGACUGCCCGGUCCAGCCGCUCGUAUGGCUGUUCGUCUGGAAAGGGGUCAGGCUCUUCCUCCAGGUGCAGUCGGGGGUUCAGGGCCAAGGCUGCUCCAACCUGGCUUCAUCAGCAAAGGCGGCAUCCACAACGCUCCGCGAGUGGGAUUUGGGAUGGGUUUUAUUUUAUUUAUUUAUUUUUCUAUAAGUUUCAAUGUUUUUUGCAGCGAACCUGCAAGGCUUACAAAUGUUAUUUUUUAAAGUGGUUUGACUUCCCUGCCCUUUCCCCAGUGGAGUAACUGGGACCAGAUUUACCACCCGCCUAAAACCAAUAAAAACACAGAAAUACCAUCUGAAACAAAGAUUUUCCAGACACUGGACAUCAGGCAACAUAGAACAGUGAUCUCUAAGACGGGAGAAAUCAAUCACGAAUCGCAGGAUUUAUAAUGCGUUUACCUAAGUGCGUGUUAGAAGCAGCACACAGCAGCGUGUGCCGUAAGGGUCUUACUUGGUGAAACAUCACCGGAAGACAACGAAGAUGUGUAUUAUAAGGCCUGAAGCAACCACGGAACACAGGAUGAGAAACAGCCAGAAACCUUACAGAGGACAUUCAAUGCAAACAACACACAAACAAAAAAGCCACAAUCUUAAAGAAAACAGGAAAAAAGGAACAAAAAAUAGAGGGAACAAAUAGAAAAAUGGUGGAUGUGCCAAGCUUUAUCCCUCAUCACAUAAAAUAUCAAUGGUCGAAAUACCCCAAUUAAAAAGCAAAGGUGGUCAGAUUGGAAAACAAAAAAACCGAGACCUGACUAGAAGCUCCCUAUAGGAAACCCAAUUUAUAUAUAUAUUUUUUAUAAAGAUUUUACUUAUUUAUUUGAGUGAGAGAGUGAGCACAAAUGGGUGAGGAGCGAGGCAGAAGCAGAAGCAGGAGCCCGAUGCGGGGCUCGAUCCCAGGACCCUGAGAUCAUGACCUGAGCUGACGGCAGACGCUUCAGCGAAGGAGCCACGCUGGUGCCCCAGGAAACCCACUUUAAAUAUAAAAGCAAUAUGCUAAGAAUUAAAGACUGGAAAGUCAAAGAAUGCCAACCCUAACCAAAGAAGCCUGGAGGGAGAAAUUAAUACCCAAGUAGAAACGCCUUGGCACGGGCUGUUUUGUGGUGAAUCACGCCCGAGGGUCACGACCCACAUGUGAAAGGAAGUGAGAUCCUGACGCACAAACACAGGGUUCCACCCGACCUGCCUCCCAGAGGAAUUUCGGGCAGCUUAGAAGAUUAUGCUGACCGUGGAGGAAGACCAUAAACAGGAAACAAGCAUGGUGCCCUGACCCCUCCUGCAGAUGUGCUCGCUCCGAGGCUCCCCACUUCCUCCUGGCCGCGCGGGGCACCCACUUCCCUGAGGUUCAUCUUUCUUGCCCACCACGGCAGGGGGGGUGGGAGAGCGCGGCGGCCUCCCCCCCCAGGAGCUGGUCCCUUCCCCCCACCUGACCCCUCCCUGAGGAGCCCCCCAGGGAACCCUGCAGGGAAAGCCACCUGUCUCCACUGAUCUGUCCCUGGUGGGGUCGGGGGGGGGGGGACGGGGCACGACAGGCCCGGUGCCUCGGUGGACAGUUGCCCUAGUGGCGGCCUGUCCCUCCCAGGGGUCCCUGCCAGCCCCCAGGAGCCACUCUCUCUGGAGAUCCUCCCCCUCUGCUCACCGGACGAGAGCACCCCAAUUCUGAUUAGGUAAUAAA